AUGGGGCUGCCACUAGCCCGCCUGGCGGCUGUGUGCCUGGCCCUGUCUUUGGCAGGGGGCUCGGAGCUCCAGACAGAGGGCAGAACCCGAAACCAUGGCCACAACGUCUGCAGCACCUGGGGCGACUUCCACUACAAGACCUUCGACGGGGACGUCUUCCGCUUCCCCGGCCUCUGCGACUACAACUUCGCCUCUGACUGCCGAGGCUCCUACAAGGAAUUUGCUGUGCACCUGAAGCGGGGCCCGGGCCAGGCUGAGGCCCCCGCCGGGGUGGAGUCCAUCCUGCUGACCAUCAAGGAUGACACCAUCUACCUCACCCGCCACCUGGCUGUGCUGAACGGGGCCAUGGUCAGCACCCCGCACUACAGCCCCGGGCUGCUCAUUGAGAAGAGCGACACCUACACCAAAGUCUACUCCCGCGCCGGCCUCACCCUCAUGUGGAACCGGGAGGAUGCGCUCUUGCUGGAGCUGGACAGCAAGUUCCGGAACCACACCUGUGGCCUCUGCGGGGACUACAACGGCCUGCAGAGCUAUUCAGAAUUCCUCUCUGACGGCGUGCUCUUCAGUCCCCUGGAGUUUGGGAACAUGCAGAAGAUCAACCAGCCCGAUGUGGUGUGCGAGGAUCCCGGGGAGGAGGCAGCCCCCGCGUCCUGCUCCGAGCACCGCGCCGAGUGUGAGAGGCUGCUGACCGCCGAGGCCUUCGCGGACUGCCAGGACCUGGUGCCGCUGGAGCCGUAUCUGCGCGCCUGCCAGCAGGACCGCUGCCGGUGCUCGGGCGGUGACACCUGCGUCUGCAGCACCGUGGCCGAGUUCUCCCGCCAAUGCUCCCACGCCGGUGGCCGGCCCGGGAACUGGAGGACGGCCACGCUCUGCCCCAAGACCUGCCCCGGGAACCUGGUGUACCUGGAGAGCGGCUCGCCCUGCAUGGACACCUGCUCACACCUGGAGGUGAGCAGCCUGUGCGAGGAGCACCGCAUGGACGGCUGUUUCUGCCCAGAAGGCACCGUGUAUGACGACAUCGGGGACAGUGGCUGCGUUCCUGUGAGCCAGUGCCACUGCAGGCUGCACGGACACCUGUACACACCGGGCCAGGAGAUCACCAAUGACUGCGAGCAGUGUGUCUGUAAUGCUGGCCGCUGGGUGUGCAAAGACCUGCCCUGCCCUGGCACCUGCGCCCUGGAAGGCGGCUCCCACAUCACCACCUUUGAUGGGAAGACGUACACCUUCCACGGGGACUGCUAUUAUGUCCUGGCCAAGGGCGACCACAACGAUUCCUACGCUCUCCUGGGCGAGCUGGCCCCCUGCGGCUCCACGGACAAGCAGACCUGCCUGAAGACGGUGGUGUUGCUGGCCGACAAGAAGAACAAUGUGGUGGUCUUCAAGUCUGAUGGCAGCGUGCUGCUCAACGAGCUGCAGGUGAACCUGCCCCACGUGACCGCGAGCUUCUCUGUCUUCCGCCCGUCUUCCUACCACAUCAUCGUGAGCAUGGCCAUUGGCGUCCGGCUGCAGGUGCAGCUGGCCCCAGUCAUGCAACUCUUCGUGACGCUGGACCAGGCCUCCCAGGGGCAGGUGCAGGGCCUCUGCGGGAACUUCAACGGCCUGGAAGGUGACGAUUUCAAGACGGCCAGCGGGCUGGUGGAGGCCACGGGGGCGGGCUUUGCCAACACCUGGAAGGCACAGUCAAGCUGCCAUGACAAGUUGGACUGGCUGGAUGAUCCCUGCUCCCUGAACAUCGAGAGCGCCAACUACGCUGAGCACUGGUGCUCCCUCCUGAAGACAGAGACGCCCUUUGGCAGGUGCCACUCGGCCGUGGACCCUGCUGAGUAUUACAAGAGGUGCAAAUAUGACACGUGCAACUGUCAGAACAACGAGGACUGCCUGUGUGCCGCUCUGUCCUCCUACGCGCGCGCCUGCGCUGCCAAGGGCGUCGUGCUGUGGGGCUGGCGGGAGCGUGUCUGCAACGAGGAUGUGGGCUCCUGCCCCAACUCGCAGGUCUUCCUGUACAACCUCACCACCUGCCAGCAGACCUGCCGCUCCCUCUCCGAGGCUGACAGCCACUGUCUCGAGGGCUUUGCGCCUGUGGAUGGCUGCGGCUGCCCUGACCACACCUUCCUGGACGAGAAGGGCCACUGCGUGCCCCUGGCCAAGUGCUCCUGCUACCACCACGGCCUCUACCUGGAGGCGGGGGACGUGGUCGUCAGGCAGGAAGAACGAUGUGUGUGCCGGGAUGGGAGGCUACACUGCAGGCAGAUCCAGCUGCUCGGCCAAAGCUGCACGGCCCCGAAGAUCCACAUGGACUGCAGCAACCUGACUGCACUGGCCACCUCGAAGCCCCAAGCCCUCAGCUGCCAGACGCUGGCCGCUGGCUAUUACCACACAGAGUGUGUCAGUGGCUGUGUGUGCCCCGACGGGCUGAUGGAUGACGGCCGGGGCGGCUGCGUGGUGGAGAAGGAAUGCCCUUGCGUCCAUAACAAGGACCUGUAUUCCUCCGGAGCCAAGAUCAAGGUGGACUGCAAUACCUGCACCUGCGAGAGAGGACGAUGGGUGUGCACGCAAGCUGUGUGCCACGGCACCUGCUCCAUUUAUGGGAGCGGCCACUACAUCACCUUUGAUGGGAAGUACUACGACUUUGACGGACACUGCUCCUACGUGGCUGUUCAGGACUACUGCGGCCAGAACUCCUCACUGGGCUCAUUCAGCAUCAUCACCGAGAAUGUCCCCUGUGGCACCACGGGCGUCACCUGCUCCAAGGCCAUCAAGAUCUUCAUGGGGAGGACGGAGCUGAAGUUGGAAGACAAGCACCGUGUGGUGAUCCAGCGUGAUGAGGGUCACCACGUGGCCUACACCACGCGGGAGGUGGGCCAGUACCUGGUGGUGGAGUCCAGCACGGGCAUCAUCGUCAUCUGGGACAAGAGGACCACUGUGUUCAUCAAGCUGGCUCCCUCCUACAAGGGCACCGUGUGUGGCCUGUGUGGGAACUUUGACGACCGCUCCAACAACGACUUCACCACGCGGGACCACAUGGUGGUGAGCAGUGAGCUGGACUUCGGGAACAGCUGGAAGGAGGCCCCCACCUGCCCGGACGUGAGCACCAACCCUGAGCCCUGCAACCUGAACCCGCACCGCCGCUCCUGGGCAGAGAAGCAGUGCAGCAUCCUCAAAAGCAGUGUGUUCAGCAUCUGCCACAGCAAGGUGGACCCCAAGCCCUUCUAUGAGGCCUGCGUGCACGACUCUUGCUCCUGUGACACGGGUGGGGACUGUGAGUGCUUCUGCUCUGCCGUGGCCUCCUAUGCCCAGGAGUGUACCAAAGAGGGGGCCUGCGUGUUCUGGAGGACGCCGGACCUGUGCCCCAUAUUCUGCGACUACUACAACCCUCCACAUGAGUGUGAGUGGCACUAUGAGCCGUGUGGGAACCGGAGCUUCGAGACCUGCAGGACCAUCAACGGCAUCCACUCCAACAUCUCCGUGUCCUACCUGGAGGGCUGCUACCCCCGGUGCCCCAAGGACAGGCCCAUCUAUGAUGAGGACCUGAAGAAGUGUGUCACUGCAGACAAGUGUGGCUGCUACAUCGAGGACACCCACUACCCACCUGGAGCGUCGGUUCCCACCGAGGAGAUCUGCAAGUCUUGCGUGUGCGCCAACUCCUCCCAAGUCGUCUGCAGGCCGGAGGAAGGAAAGAUUCUCAACCAGACCCAGGAUGGCGCCUUCUGCUACUGGGAGAUCUGUGGCCCCAACGGGAUGGUGGAGAAGCACUUCAACAUCUGUUCCACUACGCCACACCCGUCCACCCUGACCACCUUCACCACCAUCACCCUCCCCACCACCCCCACCACCUUCACCACCACCACCACCACCACCACCACCACCUCGACCCCCAGCACACUUUUAUCAACAACUCCGAAGCUGUGCUGCUUCUGGUCUGACUGGAUCAAUGAGGACCACCCCAGUAGUGGCAGCGACAGCGGCGACCGAGAAACAUUUGAUGGGGUCUGCAGGGCCCCUGAGGACAUCGAGUGCAGGUCGGUCAAGGAGCCCCACCUCAGCUUGGAGGAGCUAGGCCAGAAGGUGCAGUGCGACGUCUCUGUCGGGUUCAUUUGCAAGAAUGAAGACCAGUUUGGAAAUGGACCAUUUGGGCUGUGUUACGACUACAAGAUACGUGUCAAUUGUUGCCUGCCCAUGGAUACGUGUAUCACCACUCCCAGCCCUCCAACUACCACUCCCAGCCCUCCAGCCACCACUCCCAGCCCUCCAACUACCACUCCCAGCCCUCCAACCACCACCAGCCCUCCAACUACCACUCCCAGCCCUCCAGCCACCACUCCCAGCCCUCCAACAACCACCACAACCACCCCUCCACCAACCACCACCCCCAGCCCUCCAACUACCACUCCCAGCCCUCCAACAACCAGCACGACCACCCCUUCACCAACCACCACUCCCAGCCCUCCAAUAACCACCACAACCACCCCUUCCUCAACUACCACUCCCAGCCCUCCACCAACCAGCACGACCACCCCUUCACCAACCACCACUGCCAGCCCUCCAAUAACCAUCACAACCACCUCUUCCUCAACUACCACUCCCAGCCCUCCACCAACCAGCACGACCACCCCUUCACCAACCACCACUCUCAGCCCUCCAACGACUACACCCAUCACUCCUCCAACCAGCACGACCACCCUUCCACCAACCACCACUCCCAGCUCUCCAACAACUACUCCUCUCUCUCCAUCAAUAACUCCUCCUACAUUUUCACCAUUCUCAACGACAACCCCUACUAUCCCAUGCGUGCCUGUCUGCAAUUGGACUGGCUGGCUGGAUUCUGGAAAACCCAACUUUAACAAACCAGGUGGAGAUACGGAAUUGAUUGGAGAUGUCUGUGGACCAGGCCGGGCAGCUAACAUCUCUUGCAGAGCCACCAUGUAUCCUGAUGUUCCCAUUGGACAGCUUGGACAAACAGUGGUGUGUGACGUCUCUGUGGGGCUGGUAUGCAAAAAUGAAGACCAAAAGCCAGGUGGAGUCAUCCCUAUGCCCUUCUGCCUCAACUACGAGAUCAACAUUCAGUGCUGUGAGUGUGUCACCCAACCCACCACCAUGACAACCACCACCACAGAGACCCCAACUCCGACACCCAUCACCACAGAGACUCUGACCCCAGCACCCAUCACCAUCACCACUACAGUGACCACAACCACAACACCCACCAGCACACAGACCCCAACCCCAACACCUACCACCACAGAGACCACAACCCCGACAGCCACCACCACAGAGACCCCAACCCCAACACCCACCACCACCACUACAAUGACCCCAACCCCGACACCCACCACCACCACUACAGUGACCCCAACCCCGACACCCACCACCACCACUACAGUGACCCCAACCCCGACACCUACCACCACAGAGACCCCAACCCCGCACCCACUAACACCAACUCCAACACCCACCACCACCACUACAGUGACCUCAACCCAAACACCCACUGGCACACAGACCCCAACUCCUCAACCAACACCUAUCACCACCACCACUGCCGUGACCUCAACCCCAAUAUCUACCACAAAAGAGACCCCAACCCCAACAGCCACCACCACAGAGACCCCAACCCCAACACCCACCACCACAACUACAGUAACCCCAACACCCACCACCACCACUACAGUGACCCCAACCCCGACACCUACCACCAUAGAGACCCCAACCCAGACACCCACAAGCACACAGACCCCAACCCCUCCACCAACACCUAUCACCACCACCACUACAGUGACCCCAACCCCAACACCCACCAGCACCACCACAGAGACCCCAACUCCAACACCCACCACCACCACUACAGUGACCCCAACCCCAACACCCACUGGUACACAGACCCCAACCACAACACCCAUCACCACCACCACUACGGUGACCCCUACCCCAACACCCACCGGCACACAGACCCCAACCCCGACACCCAUCACCACCACCACUACGGUGACCCAAACCCCAACACCCACUGGCACACAGACCCCAACUCCUCCACCAACACCUAUCACCACCACCACUACUGUGACCUCAACCCCAAUAUCCACUACAACAGAGAUCUCAACCCCAACACCCAUCACCACAGAGACCCCAACUCCAACACCCAUCACCACCACCACUACGGGGACCCCAACCCCAACCCCAACCCCAACACCCACUGGCACAGAGAGCCCAACCACGACAUCCAUCACUACCACCACUACGGUGACCCCAACCCUAACACCCACCGGCACGCAGAGUCCAACCCCGACACCCAUCACCACCACCACUACGGUGACACCAACCCCAACACCCACUGGCACACAGAGUCCAACAACGACACCAAUCACCACCACCACUACGGUGACCCCAACCCCAACACCCACGGGCACACAGAGUCCAACCCCGACACCCAUCACCACCACCACUACAGUGACUCCAACCCCAACACCCACCAGCACAGAGACCCCAACCCCCACACCCAUCACCACCACCACUACGGUGACCCCAACCCCAACACCCACCAGCACACAGACCCCAACCCCCACACCCAUCACCACCACCACUACGGUGACGUCAACCCCAACACCCACCAGCACACAGACCCCAACCCCGACACCCCUCACCACCACCACUACGGUGACCCCAACCCCAACACCCACCAGCACACAGACCCCAACCCCGACACCCCUCACCACCACCACUACGGUGACCCCAACCCCAACACCCACUGGCACAGAGAGCCCAACCCCGACACCCAUCACCACCAUGACUACAGUGACAUCAACCCCAACACCCACCGGCACACAGACCUCAACCCCGACACCCAUCACCACCACCACUGCGGUGACCCCAACCCCAACACCCACCAGCACACAGAGCCCAACCCCGACACCUGUCACCACCACCACUGCAGUGACCCCAACCCCAACACCCACAGGCACACAGACCCCAACCCCGACACCUGUCACCACGACCACUACGGUGACGUCAACCCCAACACCCACCGGCACACAGACCUCAACCCUGACACCCAUCACCACCACCACUACUGUGACCCCAACCCCAACCCCAACACCCAUCACCACCACCACUACAGUGACCCCAACCCCAACACCCACCAGCACGCAGAGUCCAACCCCAACACCCAUCACCACCACCACUAUGGUGACACCAACCCCAACACCCACUGGCACACACAGUCCAACACCAACACCAAUCACCACCACCACUGUGGUCACGUCAACCCCAACACCCACCGGUACACAGACCCCAACUCCGACACCCAUGACCAAGACUACUGUGACCCCAACCCCAACACCCACUGGCACACAGAGUCCAACCCCAACACCCAUCACCACCACCACUACAGUGACCCCAACCGCAACACCCACCGGCACAGAGACCCCAACCUUGACACCCAUCACCACCACAACUACAGUGACCCCAACCCCAACACCCACUGGCACACAGAGUCCAACCCCGACACCCAUCACCACCACCACUACAGUGACUCCAACCCCAACACCCACCAGCACACAGACCCCAACCCCCACACCCAUCACCACCACCACUACGGUGACCCCAACCCCAACACCCACCAGUACACAGACCCCAACCCCAACACCCAUCACCACCACCACUGCAGUGACCCCAACCCCAACACCCACUGGCACACAGACCCCAACCCUGACACCCAUCACCACCACAACUACAGUGUCCCCAACCCCAACACCCACUGGCACAGAGACCCCAACCCCGACACCCAUCACCACCACCACCACUACGGUGACCCCAACCCCAACACCCACUGGCACACAGAGUCCAACCCCGACACCCAUCACCACCACCACUACGGUGACUCCAACCCCAACACCCACCAGCACACAGACCCCAACCCCCACACCCAUCACCACCACCACUAUGGUGACCCCAACCCCAACACCCACUGGCACACAGACCCCAACCCCAACACCCAUCACCACCACCACUACGGUGACCCCAACCCCAACACCCACUGGCACACAGACCCCAACCCCGACACCCAUCACCACCACCAGUACGGGGACUCCAACCCCAACCCCAACAACCACUGGCACACAGACCCCAACCCCCACACCCAUCACCACCACCACUACGGUGACCCCAACCCCAACACCCACCGGUACACAGACCCCAACCCCGACACCCAUCACCACCACCACUACGGUGACCCCAACCCCAACACCCACUGGCACACAGACCCCAACCACAACACCCAUCAUCACCACCACUACGGGGACUCCAACCCCAACCCCAACACCCACUGGCACACAGAGCCCAACCACGACACCCAUCACCACCACCACUACAGUGACGUCAACCCCAACACCCACCGGCACAGAGACCCCAACCCUGACACCCAUCACCACCACCACUACGGUGACCCCAACCCCAACACCCACCGGCACAGAGACCCCAACCCUGAUACCCAUCACCACCACCACUACGGUAACCCCAACCCCAACACCCACCGGCACACAGAGCCCAACCACGACACCCAUCACCACCACCACUACGGUGACCCCAACCCCAACACCCACCAGCACACAGACCCAAACCCCAACAUCCAUCACCACCACCAGUACAGUGACUCCAACCCCAACACCCACCAGCACACAGACCCCAACCCUGACACCCAUCACCACCACCACUACAGUGACCCCAACCGCAACAUCCACUGGCACAGAGACCCCAACGCCGACACCCAUCACCACCACAACUACGGUGUUUCCAACCCCAACACCCACUGGCACAGAGACCCCAACCCUGACACCCAUCACCACCACCACCACUACGGUGACCCCAACCCCAACACCUACUGGCACACAGAGUCCAACCCCGACACCCAUCACCACCACCACUACGGUGACGUCAACCCCAACACCCACUGGCACACAGACCCCAACCCCGACACCAAUCACCACCACCACUACCGUGACCCCAACCCCAACACCCACCAGCACACAGACCCCAACCCUGACACCCAUCACCACCACCACUACAGUGACCCCAACUCCAACACCCACUGGCACAGAGACCCCAACCCCGACACCCAUCACCACCACCACUACGGUAACCCCAACCCCAACACCCACUGGCACGCAGAGUCCAACCCCCACACCCAUCACCACCACCACUACAGUGACUCCAACCCCAACACCCACCAGCACACAGACCCCAACCGCGACACCCCUCACCACCACCACUACAGUGACCCCAACCCCAACACCCAGCACACAAAGUCCAACCCCGACACCCAUCACCACCACCACUACGGUGACACCAACCCCAACACCCACUGGCACACAGAGUCCAACCCCGACACCCAUCACCACCACCACUACGGUGACGUCAACCCCAACACCCACUGGUACACAGACCCCAACCCCGACACCCAUCACCACCACCAUUACAGUGACCCCAACCCCAACACCCACUGGCACACAGACCCCAACCCCGACACUCAUCACCACCACCACUACGGGGACCCCAACCCCAACCCCAACACCCACCGGCACACAGAGCCCAACCACGACACCCAUCACCACCACCACUUCGGUGAGGUCAACCCCAACACCCACCGGCACACAGACCCCAACCCCAACACCCAUCACCACCACCACCACUACGGUGACCCCAACCCCAACACCCAGCAGCACAGAGACCCCAACCCCAACACCCAUCACCACCACCACUAUGGUGACCCCAACCCCAACACCCACCGGCACACAGAGCCCAACCCCAACACCCGUCACCACGACCACUAUGGUGACGUCAAUCCCAACACCCACCGGCACACAGACCUCAACCCCGACACCCAUCACCACCACCACUACCGUGACCCCAACCCCAACACCCACCGGCACACAGACCCCAACCCCGACACCCAUCACCACCACCACUACAGUGACGUCAACCCCAACACCCACCGGCACAGAGACCCCAACCCCGACACCCAUCACCACCACCACUACGGUGACCCCAACCCCAACACCCACUGGCACACAGACCCCAACCCCGACACUCAUCACCACCACCACUACGGGGACCCCAACCCCAACCCCAACACCCACCGGCACACAGAGCCCAACCACGACACUCAUCACCACCACCAGUACGGUGACUCCAACCCCAACACCCACCAGCACACAGACCCCAACCCCGACACCCAUCACCACCACCACUACGGUGACUCCAACCCCAACACCCACCGGCACAGAGACCCCAACCCCGACACCCAUCACCACCACCACUACGGUGAGAACCCCAACACCCACCGGCACACAGACCCCAACCCCGACACCCAUCACCACCACCACUACGGUGACCCCAACCCCAACACCCACCGGCACACAGACCCCAACCCCGACACCCAUCACCACCACCACUACGGUGACGUCAACCGCAACACCCACCAGCACACAGACCCCAACCGCGACACCCCUCACCACCACCACUACAGUGACCCCAACCCCAACACCCACUGGCACACAAAGUCCAACCCUGACACCCAUCACCACCACCACUACGGUGACACCAACCCCAACACCCACUGGUACACAGACCCCAACCCCAACACCCAUCACCACCACCACUACGGGGACCCCAACCCCAACACCCACCGGCACACAGAGCCCAACCCCGACACCUGUCACCACGACCACUACGGUGACGUCAACCCCAACACCCACCGGCACACAGACCUCAACCCCGACACCCAUCACCACCACCAUUACGGUGACCCCAACCCCAACACCCACUGGCACACAGACCCCAACACCGACACUCAUCACCACCACCACUACGGGGACCCCAACCCCAACCCCAACACCCACCGGCACACAGAGCCCAACCACGACACCCAUCACCACCACCACUACAGUGACGUCAACCCCAACACCCACCGGCACAGAGACCCCAACCCUGACACCCAUCACCACCACCACUAGCGUGAUCCCAACCCCAACACCCACCGGCACACAGACCCCAACCCCGACACCCAUCACCACCACCACUACGGUGACCCCAACCCCAACACCCACUGGCACAGAGACCCCAACCCCGACACCCAUCACCACCACCACUACGGGGACCCCAACCCCAACACCCACCAGUACACAGACCCCAACCCCGACACCCAUCACCACCACCACUACGGUGACCCCAACCCCAACACCCACUGGCACAGAGACCCCAACCCCGACACCCAUCACCACCACCACUACGGGGACCCCAACACCCACCAGUACACAGACCCCAACCCCGACACCCAUCACCACCACCACUACGGUGACCCCAACCCCAACACCCACUGGCACAGAGACCCCAACCCCGACACCCAUCACCACCACCACUACGGGGACCCCAACCCCAACACCCACCAGUACACAGACCCCAACCCCGACACCCAUCACCACCACCACUACGGUGACCCCAACCCCAACACCCACUGGCACAGAGACCCCAACCCCGACACCCAUCACCACCACCACUACGGGGACCCCAACCCCAACACCCACCAGUACACAGACCCCAACCCCGACACCCAUCACCACCACCACUACGGUGACCCCAACCCCAACACCCACUGGCACACAGACCCCAACCCCGACACCCAUCACCACCACCACUACGGGGACCCCAACACCCACCAGUACACAGACCCCAACCCCGACACCCAUCACCACCACCACUACGGUGACCCCAACCCCAACACCCACCGGCACAGAGACCCCAACCCCGACACCCAUCACCACCACCACUACGGUGACGUCAACCCCAACACCCACCAGCACACAGACCCCAACCCCGACACCUAUCACCACCACCACUACGGGGACCCCAACACCCACCAGCACACAGACCGUAACCCCGACACCCAUCACCACCACCACUACGGUGACGUCAACUCCAACACCCACUAGCACACAGACCCCAACCCCGACACCCAUCACCACCACCACUACGGGGACCCCAACACCCACCAGUACACAGACCCCAACCCCGACACCCAUCACCACCACCACUACGGGGACCCCAACACCCACCAGUACACAGACCCCAACCCCGACACCCAUCACCACCACCACUACGGUGACCCCAACCCCAACACCCACCGGCACAGAGACCCCAACCCCGACACCCAUCACCACCACCACUACGGUGACGUCAACCCCAACACCCACCAGCACACAGACCCCAACCCCGACACCCAUCACCACCACCACUACGGUGACCCCAACCCCAACACCCACCAGCACACAGACCCCAACCCCGACACCUAUCACCACCACCACUACGGUGACCCCAACCCCAACACCCACCAGCACACAGACCCCAACCCCGACACCCAUCACCACCACCACUACGGUGACCCCAACCCCACCACCCAUCACCACUACCACUAUGGUGACAUCAACCCCAACACCUACCACUACAAGCAUGGAGCCUUCCACCCCCAGAAGCACAGCACCCAUUGUUGAAUCGACGACAUCCAAACCUCCGCCUGAGUCCUCAACCCCUCAGACCUCUCGGUCCACCUCUUCCCCUCCCACGAAGUCGACCACCCUUCUGAGUACCCUACCACCUGCCAUUGAGACAACCAGCACGGCCCCACCCUCCACACCCACGGCACCCACGACCACGACAGGAGGCCAGACAUCAUCUCCACUGCCCAGCACCAUCACAUCCCCUCCAGGCACCCCCACUCACGGUACCACGACUGGGUCAUCUUUAGCCCCCACUCCCAGCACUGUGCAGCUGACCACCACCAGUGCCUGGACCCCCACGCUGACCCCAAUCUCCACACCCAGCAUCAUCACGACCACAGGCCUGAGGAUCAGCCCCUCCACUGAGCUUAUCUGCUGUGUCCUGAACGACACCUACUAUGCACCAGGUGAGGAGGUGUACAACGGCACAUACGGAGACACCUGCUAUUUUGUCAACUGCUCACUGAGCUGUACCUUGGAGUUCUACAACUGGUCCUGCCCAUCCACGCCCUCCCCAACGCCCACGCCCUCCAAGUCGACGCCCACGCCUUCCAAGCCAUCGCCCACGCCCUCCAAGCCGACGCCCAGCACCAACCCCCCCGCGUGCCCAGACUUUGAUCCUCCCAGACAGGAGAACGAGACGUGGUGGCUGUGCGACUGCUUCAUGGCCACGUGCAAGUACAACAACACGGUGGAGCUCGAGAAGGUGGAGUGUGAGCCGCCGCCCGUGCCCACCUGCUCCAACGGCCUCAACCCCGUGCGCGUCGAGGACCCCGACGGCUGCUGCUGGCACUGGGAGUGCGACUGCUACUGCACAGGCUGGGGGGACCCGCACUAUGUCACCUUCGACGGACUCUACUACAGCUACCAGGGCAACUGCACCUACGUGCUGGUGGAGGAGAUCAGCCCCUCCGUGGACAACUUCGGAGUUUACAUCGACAACUACCACUGCGAUCCGAACGACAAGGUGUCCUGCCCCCGCACCCUCAUCGUGCGCCACGAGACCCAGGAGGUGCUCAUCAAGACCGUGCAUAUGAUGCCCAUGCAGGUGCAGGUGCAGGUGAACGGGCAGGCGGUGGCGCUGCCCUACAAGAAGUACGGGCUGGAGGUGUACCAGUCUGGCAUCAACUACGUGGUGGAUAUCCCCGAGCUGGGCGUCCUCGUCUCCUACAAUGGCCUGUCCUUCUCUGUCAGGCUGCCGUACCACCGGUUCGGCAACAACACCAAGGGCCAAUGUGGCACCUGCACCAACACCACCUCCGACGACUGCAUUCUGCCCAGCGGGGAGAUCGUCUCCAACUGUGAGGCUGCGGCCGACCAGUGGGUGGUGAAUGACCCCUCCAAGCCACACUGCCCCCACAGCAGCUCCACGACCAAGCGCCCGGCCGUCGGCGUGCCGGGGGGCGGCAAAACGACCCCACACAAGGACUGCACCCCGUCUCCCCUCUGCCAGCUCAUCAAGGACAGCCUGUUUGCACAGUGCCAUGCGCUGGUGCCCCCGCAGCACUACUACGAUGCCUGCGUGUUCGACAGCUGCUUCGUGCCGGGCUCGAGCCUGGAGUGCGCCAGUCUGCAGGCCUACGCAGCCCUCUGUGCCCAGCAGCACAUCUGCCUUGACUGGCGGAACCACACGCAUGGGGCCUGCUUGGUGGAGUGCCCAUCUCACAGGGAGUACCAGGCCUGUGGCCCUGCAGAAGAGCCCACGUGCAAAUCCAGCUCCUCCCAGCAGAACAACACAGUCCUGGUGGAAGGCUGCUUCUGUCCUGAGGGCACCAUGAACUACGCCCCUGGCUUUGAUGUCUGCGUGAAGACCUGCGGCUGUGUGGGACCUGACAACGUGCCCAGAGAGUUUGGGGAGCACUUUGCGUUUGACUGCAAGGACUGUGUCUGCCUGGAGGGUGGAAGUGGCAUCGUCUGCCAGCCCAAGAGGUGCAGCCAGAAGCCUGUUACCCACUGCGCGGAAGACGGCACCUACCUCGUCACGGAGGUCAACGCCGCCGACACCUGCUGCGACAUUACCGUCUGCAAGUGUAACACCAGCCUGUGCAAAGAGAAGCCUCCCAUGUGCCCGCUGGGAUUCGAAGUGAAGAGCAAGAUGGUGCCUGGAAGGUGCUGUCCCUUCUACUGGUGUGAGUCCAAGGGGGUGUGCGUUCACGGGAAUGCUGAGUACCAGCCCGGUUCUCCAGUUUAUUCCUCCAAGUGCCAGGACUGCGUGUGCACGGAUGAGGUGGACAACAGCACCCUGCUCAGCGUCAUCGCCUGCACCCACGUGCCCUGCAACACCUCCUGCAGCCUUGGCUUCGAACUCGUGGAGGCCCCCGGGGAGUGCUGUAAGAAAUGUGAACAGACGCACUGUAUCAUCAAACAGCCCGACAACCAGCAUGUCAUCCUGAAGCCUGGGGACUUCAAGAGCGACCCAAAGAACAACUGCACAUUCUUCAGCUGUGUGAAGAUCCACAACCAGCUCAUCUCGUCCAUCUCCAACAUAACCUGCCCCGACUUCGACGCCAGCGUUUGUGUCCCGGGCUCCAUCACACUCAUGCCCAAUGGAUGCUGCAAGACCUGCACCCCUCGCAAUGAGACCAGGGUGCCCUGCUCCACCGUCCCCGUCACCACGGAGGUUUCGUACGCUGGCUGCACCAAGACCGUCCUCAUGAAUCAUUGCUCCGGGUCCUGUGGGACAUUUGUCAUGUACUCGGCCGAGGCCCAGACCCUGGACCACAGGUGCUCCUGCUGCAAAGAGGAGAAAACCAGCCAGCGGGAGGUGGUCCUGAGCUGCCCCAAUGGCGGCUCGCUGACACACACCUACACCCACAUCGAGAGCUGCCAGUGCCAGGACACCGUCUGCGGGCUCCCCACCGGCACCUCCCGCCGGGCCCGGCGCUCCCCCAGGCAUCUGGGGAGCGGGUGAGCGGGGUGGGCACAGCCCCCUUCACUGCCCUCCACAGCUUUGCCUCCUCCGGACCCUCUGAGCCUCCUAAGCUCGGCUUCCUCUCUUCAGAUAUUUAUUGUCUGAGUCUUUGUUCAAUCCUUGCUUUCCAAUAAUAAACUCAGGGAGACAUGC